AUGCGCUUCUUCGCUGCCGCCGCUCUCCUCCUCAGCAGUGUCGCCCUCGCAGCGCCUGCUCAAGAACAGACAAAAGACUGCUGCUGCUGCGAUAUCUCCCAACCCGCCUUUGUCUGCGAAAAGAACGUCAAGCCCGAAGACUGCAUCUGCGCUGCUGUCAUGUGCCCGGUCAACGCUCCCACCUACUGGCCUGCUACAGCUACAGCUACAGCUACCGCUACUCCUACAACCACUCCCACAGCCACCGUUGUCAAGCGACAGGAAGACAAGAAACCUGCUACGACUGCUCCUACUCAACCACCCUGCUGCUGCUGUAGCUUGGCUGACCAAGCUAUCGUCUGCGAGGUGCGCCCCGAGGGCGCUGACAACACAUGUGUGUGUCCUAAGGUGAUGUGCCCUGUUGGCGCGCCGACUUUAACGACGACCGUGGGUGCGCAGCAAACCGGAAACUAG